CUCUGAUAUGCUUUGACGUCGUUGAGUUCCACCUCCCAGACCGAGUCCUUCGUCAGUUCGGGUUAGACCAGCCGAUCCCACAGGAUGUAGACACGGACGUUGCUCUACACAGGAAGGAUCGAAGGGGACAGCGUAAUUGGGAGAUUCGGCAUUCGGACCAUGUACACGAGUGGAGUCGACGAGAGGCAUUAGUCGUCCAGGGAUACCCGUUCACUGGGACUUCUUCCCCGGCCAUGACAGAGUACAUGGCUUGGUACCGUCGCAUCACGAGACUGGUCAUUACUCCACCUUCGCAGGAGCGCCCCCCGAGUCAUUACCAGCCAGCUACCUCGGACCUCCUGCUUGCACAUGCAUUUGCUGAUUUGCACGUCCAGCUAUCGGGAGCUACUGAGACCAUCUCCCACUUGCCACCAGAGACGGCUAUACCAUUUGCCAUACAGACGAUGCAGGGUUUUACAUCAUUUUGUGGCCAAACCUUGUCUAGGGUGGGGCAGUCACACCUUAUUCAGCAGCCUCGACCGUCCACGUCUUCAUCUUCUACUGUGCACACUAUGCCGAUCAGACCACCACCUCAUCGUGGAGGCCAUUCAGCACGUGCCUUCCGUCCACCGACUCCUUCUCAGCAUACUAUCAUGACAUCUCCUCCACUAGUGCAUCGCCAGUAUCAGAGAAACCGACGGCGUAGAAACACUACGUCUGGGGUUGGAGUUGGCCUGGAUGACAUUCCAGAGGAGACAGCUGCAUCAUCUUCAUCGUCACCUCAUGGGAAGAAGCAACGCCCGAGCUAAGUGUAUAUUUUGGAACUAAACUAAUUUUUUUGUAAAUGCUUAGAAUUGGAUUUUGUUAUAUUUAAUCAAUUGAAAAAUAUUCGACUUUGCAA